AGAGAAUGUAGAGAGAGAAAGAAACACAGAGAAUUUUUCUAGAGAGAGAAUUGUUUAGAGAGACAAAGACACAUAGAGUUACCGUUUGUGUCCGUUUUUUCCGUUAAAAAUAUAUGUGAAGAAAGAGAGGUAGCCAAGCCAUGGUGACAGACCAGGAAAUAGCCAAAGGAGUAGAGACAGUGCUGCGGCAAUCAGACCCCAGCACCGUUACUUCAUUAAACGGUGUCGUACAGCAACUUGAAGCUAAAUUAGGGUUAGAUUUAUCACACAAAGCUGCUUUUAUUCGUGACCAAAUUAAUCUGCUCCUCCGCCCCCACCCUACCACCACCGCCUCCGCCUCCGUAACCACCACCGCGCAUCCACAACUGACGCCACAACCACCACCACCUCCAUCACAGCAAGCUUUUCAAUUCCAGCAAGGACAAACUCUUCAUUUGACCCCAAAAGACCAUUUUGCCCUCCAAUUUCAACAACAACAAUUUCACCCUUCCCAUUUUGCCCUUCACCCUCACCACCACCCUCACCAGCAUCCUCAGCAGCACCAACAGCACCAGGUUUUUCCCCAGGACCUUAACUUUAGGCAGCCGCAAGCUGUGGUGGCUCCACCAGGGCCGCCACCUCAGUUGCAAGUUCAGCAGCAGCAGAGGCAGACGCAGCAUGUGCAAAAUGUUGGGGAUAUUCCACAUGAAGUGGCUAAAGAGAGCAGUACUCCAGUUGGAUCCAAAAGAAGAGGUGGACCUGGUGGGUUAAACAAAGUGUGUGGUGUUUCACCUGAACUUCAGGUCGUUGUUGGGGAGCCAGCCUUGCCAAGGACUGAGAUUGUGAAGCAAUUGUGGCAAUACAUAAGGAAAAACAACCUCCAGGAUCCAAGUAACAAGAGGAAGAUAAUUUGUGAUGAUGCUUUGCGCGUGGUUUUUGAGACUGACUGCACUGAUAUGUUUAAGAUGAAUAAGCUGCUAGCUAAACAUAUCAUCCCACUUCAACCAUCAAAGGAAUCUGGUCAAGCCAAGCGAGCGAAGGUGGAUGUUGAGACCACAACUGAAAAUAAAGAACCUGCUGCAUCUCUUGUGGUAAUAUCUGAAGGACUUGCUGAGUUUUUGGGGACUACUGAGAGGGAAAUGACCCAAACAGAAGCAUCCAGACGUGUUUGGGAGUACAUAAAGCUAAAACAGUUGGAGGAUCCGUUAAAUUCAAUGGUGAUACAAUGUGAUACAAAGCUUCGUGAUCUUCUUGGAUGUGAAAGCAUAUCUGCUGUGGGGGUAGGAGAGGUGUUAGCACGUCAUCAUUUAUUCAAACGGUCAUGAUGUUCUGUGGUGAUGACUGGUGCAUGGAACAAUGACCACCUGCUCACUUCUGAUAGUAGAACAGAUAGUGAAGAACCUUAUUUAGUUUAUCGUUCGUUUAUUUUUUUUCAUGUCCUUUGUGAAUUACUGUGAUUAGAUGACAUGGUGAUUUACUCUACUAUGAUCAGAAUGAAAAUGUAACAACGGUCAAUGGCAGGUGUUUCUUUGUAGUUAUGCUGCCAUAGCGUGGAUGUAGUAGGCUUUCUUGCUAAUUUUGUUGUCAGUUUGACCUCCCAAUGCCUAACCCCCUCAUAGUAGAAUGAAGGCAACCACAGUCAAAUUGUAAAGUCUUGUUAACUUGAAAAAGACCAAUAUGUAUCCUGUCAUAUAGGCUGUUGUUUUCCUACUGCAA